GACUCCUAUAAAUUUUCUCUUUAUCCUUCGCUCUUCUUCAUAACGCUCUCUCUCUCUUUAUUUUACCUCUCUAUCUCUCUGUGUAUUAAGUCACAGUUGAUAUAGAAAGAAAAAGCCAUGGUCCUCUAUAUGGUUAUUCUAAAGCUAGUAGACUGGGUCUUGUACCAGCUUUUGGCGAACUCUUGUUACAGCGCAGCGAGGAAGGUAAGAAGCUAUGGCUUCUUCUUGAAAAACCUAUAUAUAAAAUCAUCGCAGCAACACUCUCAGUUGUUUCCUAAUGUAAGCAAGUGUAAUUUAGAGAAUAGGGAGUCUGAUACAUUGGUUUGUGACAUUAAUGGAGCCUUGUUAAGAACAACUUCUUUCUUCCCUUAUUUCAUGCUAGUUGCUUUUGAAGGUGGUAGCAUUUUUAGAGCAUUUUUUCUGUUGAUAUCAUGUCCCCUUUUAUGGGUUUUUAAUACUGAGCUUUAUUUAAGAGUCGCCAUCUUUAUAACCUUUUGUGGGCUCAAGAAAAGAGAUGUUGAGAGUGUUGGUAGGGCAGUUUUGCCUAAGUUUUAUUUAGAGAAUCUUCAUCUUCAGGCUUAUGAGGUAUUAGCCUCAACUGGGUCUAGGGUUGUUAUUACAAGUGUUCCUAGAGUUAUGGUUGAAGGAUUUCUUACCGAGUACUUGAGGGUUAAUAAAGUUAUGGGUACGGAGUUGCAAACUGUUGGCAAUUAUUUCACUGGUUUGUUGUCUAAUUCUGGUUUGCUAGUAAAGCACAGAGCUUUCAAGGAUUUCUUUGGAGACAAAAAGCCUGAGAUAGGCCUUGGAAGUUCAAGCCCCCAUGACCAACUCUUCAUCUCCCCUUGCAAGGAAGGUUAUUUGGUGAAUAAAGAAGACAGCAAGAACAGUGAGAGCUCAUCAAUCAUGCCAAGGGAGAAAUAUCCAAAGCCUCUUGUAUUUCAUGAUGGGAGGCUAGCUUUCUUGCCCUCUCCAUUAGCAACUCUCUCAAUGUUUAUGUGGCUUCCUCUUGGAUUCAUUCUUGCUAUCUUUAGACUCUUUGUGGGUAUUGUCCUACCUUACAAAUUAGCCUUAUUUUUGGGCACUUGGAGUGGUGUAGACAUAAGGGUUAAAGGUUGCAGACCCCCAAGUUUAGGGCAAAAAAGGAAGGGUGUCCUCUAUGUUUGCACUCAUAGGACACUAUUGGACCCAGUUUUUCUUAGCACUUGUUUAGGUAAGCCUUUGACUGCUGUAACAUAUAGCCUAAGCAAAAUGUCUGAAUUAAUAGCACCAAUUAAAACAGUUAGAUUGACUAGAGAGAGGAAACAAGACGGAGAAACCAUGCAAAGAUUGUUAAGUGACGGUGAUUUAGUAGUAUGUCCUGAAGGGACCACAUGUAGGGAACCAUAUUUAUUGAGAUUUAGCUCCCUAUUUGCUGAGUUAGCUGAUGAGAUAAUUCCAGUGGCUAUAAAUACUCAUGUAACUAUGUUCUAUGGAACAACUGCAAGUGGGUUGAAAUGCUUGGAUCCAAUUUUCUUUCUAAUGAACCCCAAACCUUGUUACCAAAUUCACAUCCUUGAAAAGCUGCCAAGAGUGCUCACUUGUGCUGGAGGAAGAUCUAGCUGUGAAGUGGCUAAUUACAUCCAAAGACAAUUGGCUAAUGCUUUGGGAUUUCAGUGCACCAAUCUUACCAGGAAAGAUAAGUACUUGAUGCUAGCAGGAAAUGAAGGUAUUGUACGAGAUAAGAGAGAGAGAGUUAAACGCUAGAUUAGCAAAUCAGCAUAUGUCCAUUAUGUUUUUUUUUUAUCCUUUUUUUAGUUUUAAUAUUGCAUAUUUAUUAUGUUUUGUGGGAUUAAUUACCUCAUAAUUUACAUAUUCUUUAGCUUGAUAA